AUGGUAUCCCAGCUCUGUGCUCAGACAGUCCUUGAUGCCUCAACACUCAGCUUUGGUACUCGAGUCAGGUGGUUUGCCAUAUGCUUUGUUGCUGGCAUUGUGUGUUCUAUUCUUGGAACAGCAUUGCUAUGGCUUCCAAAGGGGAUCAAACUUUUUGCAGUGUUUUACACCCUGGGAAAUAUUGCUGCAUUAGCCAGUACAUGUUUCCUGAUGGGGCCACUGAAGCAAUUGAAAGCAAUGUUUGAGCCAAAAAGAUUAAUAGCUACAGUUGUGAUGUUGCUUUUCCUAGUGUUGACUUUGUGUGCUGUAUUCUGGUGGAACAAAAAAGGUUUGGCGGUGUUAUUCUGCAUAUUGCAGUUCUUGGCAAUGACCUGGUAUAGUCUCUCAUAUAUUCCUUUUGCAAGGGAUGCUGUGAUUAAAUGCUUCUCAUCCUGUCUAGGGUAAAUUAAAACCAGGAACCACUGUACGCUUUAAAAGCCAACUUCUAUUCCUCUGUGAAUUUUGCUCAGAAAAGUAUACUUUUCCACUCAUGAAAUACCCAGUAACAAUUUUGUAUUUUCCUUGCCUUUUCUAUUUGGGAGAUAAAUAAUUUUUACUAGAAACAGUUUUAAAAAUAAAUUGGGUGAACUGUGUGUAUUUACCCUGGAACUUUUAGGCUUUUUUUAACAAAAAAGUACAUUUAGUUACUUUGUGCAGAGUAGUCUUAAAACUACCUUGCAUCCAGUAACAGUUUAUUCCCCAAUGGAGGCAAGCCACUAAGAUCUGGGUAGUAUGCAUAAAGAUUUCAUUUACAGUUCUGUCUAAAAUUUGCAAUGUGCCAUUUAUGUUUGUGUAUUACUCAUUGUAUGCUUUUCCAAAGACAGAGUUUUAUAAAUGUUGUAAAGAUUUGCUAAGUUAUAAUUAACUGCUCUUUGAAAUGUCUAUACAUGUGCCUUGUGGAAAAAAGCUUAAUGAGAAUAUGUGAAAGGUCUGUUUAAAGCUUGUUGGAUUUUAUUAAAAAGCUAUAUUUUAAACGAUUUUUUUUACUUUCAUACUUAAAUACUUUUUACUAAAAGAGCUUAUGGCUAAUGUAUAAAUGAAAUUUGUGAAAUAAAUUAGUUUUAAAGGUG